GGGGGGGAGGGCUGUAGCGCGGAGGAGACGGGGGGCUCCACACUGACGCCAUCUCCGUGUCAAUGAGCCGGCUCGGGUGAAUUGUGGGCGCUCAGCACCGGCCGGGACACCCAGAAGUGAUCGGCGGUGACCCGGAACCCACCGGAGCCCGGGGCGUGUGUCAGGCCUCUCCCGCCGGCCCGGGGUCUGUCAGGAUGGCCGAACCGCGCUUUAACAAUCCUUAUUUUUGGCCUCCGCCUCCAGCGAUGCCCAGCCAGGUGAGAAUGACUCCAGGACUGUCUGUGACGCUUCCUUCCUUCAGCAGCUGUAACGUAUCCGAUGACUGGACAGAGGGUGGAACGGCCUCAAUGACCUGGAGCUCUGAGCUGCGGGAUACAUCACAUCAUCAUCCUGUAUAUCUGCAGUUGGAUAAUCUGGUGUUAAUCAAUAAGAUCAAGGAGCAGCUGAUGGCGGAGAAGAUCCGAACUCCUCAUUUACCUCCGACCUCCGUCCCCUCACAGCAGCCCCUGCUCAUCCCCCCGUCACCUGCCGAGACCAGCCAGUCCGUCAUGUCCCUGCAAAAGUUGCAGCAGGUCCCUGGACUGCACCCCCAAGCUGUACCCCAACCAGACGUGGCCCUCCAUGCCCGGCCCGCCACCAGCUCAGUCACAGGGCUGGGCCUGUCAUCCUCCCGCUCAAACAUCAGCACAUCAGAAUCCAGCACCGGUACCAGCGGCACCAUCUCCACCCCCACCUCAAACAGUCAGACUCGGCUCAUUGCCACCUCCCCCACCCUCAUCUCAGGAAUCACUAGUUCACCCAUGCUGGAUUCCAUUAAAACCAUCCAGGGCCACAGCCUACUGGGACCUACCAAACCUGAGAGAGGCCGCAAGAAAAUCAAGGCGGAGAAUCCAGCCGGACCGCCAGUGCUCGUUGUCCCUUACCCUAUUCUGGCCUCAGGAGAUAUCGGAAAAGAGGGGAAAACCUACAGGUGUAAAGUUUGCCCUUUGACCUUCUUCACCAAGUCUGAGAUGCAGAUUCACUCGAAGUCUCACACCGAGGCCAAACCUCACAAGUGCCCGCACUGCUCCAAGUCCUUCGCCAACGCUUCAUACCUAGCGCAGCAUCUGCGCAUCCACCUGGGGGUGAAGCCCUAUCACUGCUCGUACUGUGAGAAAUCCUUCCGCCAGCUCUCUCAUCUCCAGCAGCACACCAGGAUUCACACUGGGGACCGACCCUACAAGUGCCCGCAGCCCGCCUGUGAAAAGGCCUUCACACAACUCUCCAACUUGCAGUCUCACCAGCGGCAGCACAACAAAGACAAACCCUACAAGUGUCCAAACUGCUACCGGGCGUACUCGGACUCCGCUUCCCUCCAGAUCCACCUCUCAGCUCAUGCGGUGAAGCACGCCAAGGCGUAUUGCUGCAGUAUGUGCGGGAGAGCGUACACAUCCGAGACCUAUCUGAUGAAGCAUAUGUCCAAGCACACAGUUGUCGAGCACCUGGUCAACCACCAUUCUCCUCAGAGGAACGAGUCUCCGGGCAUUCCAGUCCGAAUCUCCCUGAUAUAGAGAACGUUCGGGCCCACGAGAGGGCGACCAGACCACAAUGGCCACUUUGCCCAGGACAGAAACUCCAGUUUAGGGAGCUCAGGCUUUUCCCACCGGAGGUGGUGCAGGAGGGGUCGGCCAUACACUUGGGUACCGUGUCCAUUAUUUUCUGUUGUCAGCUGCUGCAUUUCAUGGACUCUGGACGGACUUUACCUCUGGAAUGUUGCUUCGUUCUCACUUGGUCGCCUCAGGGAUUACAGUCCUUCUGUGUCAUAGUAGAGAUGAGCCGGACGUUGCCCUGGAGUCACAGAUUGGACGCCUCUUGCGAAGGGUUCUGGGGUGGUUGGAUUUUGCAGUCCGGUGACCCCCUCCGAUCCGAGUGUCAGUGUUCAUCGAUUUGUCCAAAACACUUUUGGUGACGUAUGGAGUCCCCAGCCGAGCACUUUGAAUCUCUCACAUUUUAUAUCUGUUUCUUUUUUUAUCCUCCAUUUUUUUUACAUAUAAGAAAACAAUUUAAAAAAAAAAAAAAAUUCCUAUUUAUUGGCCAAGAAUCUGGUGCUGCUAAUCGGGGGGGAAAAUUAGACUUUUUAGCAGAGUCAGCAGAAGGUGGGAGUGCAGUUCGGCGAAUUUGUGAUGUGCGGCUCAUACCCAGUGCCCUGAAAACACAUGUCCGAACCCCUCCAGGAACCGGACUGCGCAGCCCAGAUGAUCUCUUUGUGGGAGGGGGGGGGGGGG